AUUAUGUAGAAGGGAUUAGGGAGUAGAUAGGGAAUUGUCUCAUCUAUAUUUACCAUCUCGUGACGCUGCAUGUGAUUAUUGUUUGUCUUCCUGCAUCAAUCUUCCGAUUUCUCUGUCCUUCUCUCCCGUAUAUCAGCUCAAAGGCUCUCUUCUGAGCGAGACGUUCAGUCAAUAGUCAUUACCAUUUUCCGAUCUUCCUAUUUCUUUCACACUCACCAUGGCCGACCAACAGCCCGACAAGACUACCGCUCCUGCCGCUGAUGUCGCAGACUUGCAGCCUGCCGUCACCAGCCCUGACACCCCCAAGGAGACGACCGAGACCACGGAGCCACAACCAGAGGACAAGACCGAAACCACAACCGCGCAGCCUGCCAUUGAAACCACUGCCACUCAACCCGCCGCCCCAGACACUCCCGCUGAGGCCGACAAGGCUCCCGCCGAAGUGCAGCAACCCCCCCAGGCCGAAGAGGAGAAGCCUGUCGCUGAGCAGCCAGAACAACCAGCCUAUCUUGCCAAAAACCCUGCCCUCGCUCAGUUCUUCGAGCGUCUCCCUGCCAUUGACUCGAAUGAUGCUCCCACCGUCAACGUUCUGAUCAAGUUCCUGCGCGCGAACGAGGGCAAUGUCAAGCUGGCCGAGGAGCAGCUGACCAAGGCCUUGAAGUGGCGGAAGGAGAUGAACCCCUCGGCGCUCGCUGAGUCGACCAGCUACAGCGCGACCAAGUUUGGCGGACUGGGUUAUUUGACCGUCUACAAGGAGGCUAAUGGUGCGGAGACUGUUGUCACCUGGAAUAUCUACGGUGGUGUCAAGGAUAUCAACACCACUUUUGGUGAUAUGGAUGAGUUCGUCAAGUGGCGUGUUGCGCUUAUGGAGCUGGCGGUCAAGGAGCUGAAGAUGGUAGAGGCGACCUCUGUGAUUGACUACGAUGGCGAGGACCCCUAUCAGAUGAUCCAGGUCCAUGACUAUCUGAACGUGAGCUUCCUGCGCCUGAAUCCUGCCAUCAAAGCCGCGACCAAGAAGACCAUUGAAGUCUUCACCACAGCUUACCCUGAGCUGCUCCGGGAGAAGUUCUUCGUCAACGUCCCUGCCAUCAUGGGCUGGAUGUUUGCCGCCAUGAAGGUCUUCCUGAGCAAGAAUACUACUCGCAAAUUCCACCCCAUCUCCAACGGCGCCAAUCUGGCUCGCGAGUUCCCUUCUCUGAAGGAGCAGUUCCCCAAGGUCUACGGUGGCAGCGCCCCUGCUCUUCAAGAGGGAGCGAGAACCGUCAACCUCACUCAGGAAGAGGCUGCCCCGGCUGCCCCUGAGCAGUCAAAGGAGCAGGCCAAGGAGAACAAGGAGGAGGCCGCUCAGGAGGAAUCCAAGGCUGAGUCUGCUCCAGAGCAGCCAAAGACUGACCCUGCUGUCACGGCCAAGGAAGCACCUGCUGCCGAUGCUAAGUGAGCGAUAUAAGGCCGUCACACGCUUGGAUUUGACGUAUUAAAAGGAAUGGAACAGGAGAAACAGGCAUGAUACCCGGGAGGAUAGGCAGACUGCUUUUUUCUCGUUUUUGUGUGCGCACAUUUGAUACCUCGGAAUUGCUACAUUUUUGCGAAAGGAGUAGAAACAUCUUAACUAGAUCAUAUAUACUUAAUAAUAGUAGUAAUAAUAGAAGCUCCACUCUA